AUGUUGAUCCUAUGGAAUUCUUUAAUUGCCUCCUUUACUGUAUUGAAAUCUUCAUCACAAACUGUUAUUGGUGAAUUAACUUUGUCUAAUAAGAAGAGGUGGUUAGUGGCUCCUGUAUAUGGUAGUAAUGACAUUUACAAGAGAAGGCUGCUAUGGAAAGAUUUGGGAUCAUUCUCUGAUAUAGAGUUUCCGUUUAUCAUAAGAGGCGAUUUUAAUUGUCUAUUGACACAAAAUGAUAAAAUGGGAGGGAAGAAAUUUGUGUUAAAUCAAGGUGCACAAGAUAUCUGUGCAUUUAUGAAUCAAGGUGAUUUCCAUAACAUUGGGGUGAUUAGUCCAAAGUACACUUGGUGUAACAACAAAAAAGGAGGUGGUCAUAUCUUUGAAAGAUUGGACCGUUGCUUGUUAAACUCUUCAGCUUUGGAAUCUAUUCAAAUUCCGGUGGUUCGUCACCUAGCUAAAAUUGCUUCGUAUCACUAUCCGAUUAUUGUGGCUAAUUCAUGGAAUAAGAAAACCGGUGGGGAUGCCUUCCAAUGCCUUAAUCUUAAAUUUAAGAGUGCCAUGAGGGAGGUUUUCUUCUGGAGUAAAGCAAAGCACAUUGAACUCAACACUUUGAAGGAGCAACUUAAAAAAGAAAUUUAUGAUUUACAGAUUGAAGAGGAGGUGGAUGGUGGUCUUUCAUAA